CGCACGGCCCGCCCAGCCUCCCGGCACCGCGGUGCCAACGCCGCUCCUGCCCGCGCCCGCGCCGCGCGAGCUCGUGUUGUGCUCCCGCAGAAGAUGGGAGCCGCCUGGUCCCCGUGAAGGAGGAGGCAGCGGGCGGGCAGUGCCCCUGGCGCCGGGGAGCCCCGCGCCCCACACCAGCAGCUGGGACCAUCGGGGGUCUGCGCUGGGGCCACCAUGCUGCCGCUCACCCUCUCGCCCACCUGGCCCAUGGGGCCACGCCUGCUGGCCUUCGUGGCACUGCUGUGUUCCCACGUGGACCAUCUCCAUGCUGAGACAGAGGUCGAAGGUGGGGAAGGGAACAGUAGCGCCGAGUGCACUGGUUCCUACUACUGUAAGAAAGGGGUGAUCCUGCCCAUCUGGGAGCCCCAGGACCCAUCCUUCGGGGACAAGAUUGCCAGAGCCACGGUGUACUUCGUGGCCAUGGUCUACAUGUUCCUGGGUGUCUCCAUCAUUGCUGACCGGUUCAUGUCCUCCAUUGAAGUCAUCACAUCGCAGGAGAAGGAGAUCACCAUCAAGAAACCCAAUGGGGAGACCACCAAGACCACUGUGCGCAUCUGGAACGAGACGGUGUCCAACCUGACCCUCAUGGCCCUGGGCUCCUCUGCCCCGGAGAUCCUCCUGUCUGUCAUCGAAGUGUGUGGUCACAACUUCACAGCGGGCGACCUGGGCCCCAGUACCAUUGUGGGCAGCGCUGCCUUCAACAUGUUCAUCAUCAUUGCGCUAUGUGUCUAUGUGGUCCCCGACGGCGAGACACGCAAGAUCAAGCACUUGCGUGUCUUCUUCGUGACAGCCGCCUGGAGCAUCUUCGCCUACACCUGGCUCUACAUCAUCCUGUCGGUCAUCUCGCCUGGCGUGGUGGAGGUGUGGGAGGGCUUGCUUACUUUCUUCUUCUUCCCUAUCUGCGUGGUGUUCGCCUGGGUGGCAGACCGCAGGCUCCUCUUUUACAAGUACGUCUACAAGAGGUAUCGGGCGGGCAAGCAGCGGGGCAUGAUCAUUGAACAUGAAGGUGAUCGGCCUUCGUCCAAGACAGAGAUCGAGAUGGACGGCAAGGUGGUCAACUCCCACGUCGACAACUUCCUGGAUGGCGCCCUGGUGCUGGAGGUGGACGAGAGGGACCAGGAUGAUGAGGAGGCCAGGCGGGAGAUGGCCAGGAUCCUGAAGGAGCUCAAGCAAAAGCAUCCAGACAAGGAGAUUGAACAGCUCAUAGAACUGGCCAACUACCAGGUCCUGAGCCAACAGCAGAAGAGCCGCGCCUUCUACCGCAUCCAAGCCACACGCCUGAUGACCGGGGCAGGCAACAUCUUGAAGAGACAUGCGGCCGACCAGGCCCGCAAGGCCGUCAGCAUGCACGAAGUCAACACGGACAUGACCGAGAGUGACCCCGUCAGCAAGGUCUUCUUUGAGCAGGGCACCUACCAGUGCCUGGAGAACUGUGGCACUGUGGCACUGACCAUCGUCCGCCGAGGCGGGGACUUAACCAACACGGUGAUCGUGGACUUCCGCACAGAGGAUGGUACGGCCAACGCGGGCUCCGACUAUGAGUUCACCGAGGGCACGGUGGUCUUCAAGCCUGGGGAGACCCAGAAGGAGAUCAGGGUGGGGAUCAUUGAUGAUGACAUCUUCGAAGAGGACGAGAACUUUCUGGUGCAUCUGAGCAAUGUCAAGGUCUCGGCCGAGGUGUCCGAGGACAGUGUCCUGGAAGCCAACCACGUGUCGGCGCUGGCCUGCCUUGGAUCCCCCUGCACGGCCACUGUUACCAUCUUUGAUGACGACCAUGCUGGCAUCUUCACCUUUGAGGAGCCAGUGACACACGUGAGCGAGAGCGUUGGCAUCAUGGAGGUGAAGGUCCUGCGCACAUCGGGCGCCCGUGGGAAUGUCAUUGUGCCCUACAAGACCAUUGAGGGCACAGCCAGGGGCGGCGGGGAGGACUUCGAGGACACGUGCGGGGAGCUGGAAUUCCAGAACGACGAGAUUGUCAAAACAAUUUCAGUCAAGGUAAUUGAUGAUGAGGAAUAUGAGAAAAACAAGACCUUCUUCCUUGAAAUUGGAGAACCCCGCCUGGUGGAGAUGAGUGAGAAGAAAGCCCUGUUGUUGAGUGAGCUUGGUGGCUUCACGCUAACAGGAAAAUGCCUGUAUGACGAGUACGACGACAGGCAGCCACUGACCAGCAAGGAGGAGGAGGAGAGACGCAUCGCCGAGAUGGGAAGGCCCGUGCUCGGGGAGCACACCAGGCUGGAGGUGAUCAUCGAGGAGUCCUACGAGUUCAAGAGCACCGUGGACAAGCUCAUCAAGAAGACCAACCUGGCGCUGGUGGUGGGCACCAACAGCUGGCGGGAGCAGUUCAUCGAAGCCAUCACCGUGAGUGCUGGGGAGGAUGACGAUGAGGACGAGUGUGGGGAGGAGAAGCUGCCCUCCUGCUUUGAUUACGUGAUGCACUUCCUGACCGUGUUCUGGAAAGUUCUCUUUGCCUUCGUGCCGCCUACAGAGUACUGGAACGGCUGGGCCUGCUUCAUCGUCUCCAUCCUCAUGAUCGGGCUCCUCACGGCCUUCAUCGGGGACCUGGCUUCCCACUUCGGCUGCACCAUCGGCCUCAAGGACUCCGUCACGGCUGUGGUGUUCGUGGCGCUGGGGACCUCGGUGCCAGAUACAUUCGCCAGCAAGGUGGCAGCCACCCAGGACCAGUAUGCGGACGCCUCCAUCGGCAAUGUCACGGGCAGCAACGCCGUCAACGUGUUCCUGGGCAUCGGCGUGGCCUGGUCCAUCGCCGCCAUUUACCACGCGGCCAACGGGGAACAGUUCCGAGUGUCCCCCGGCACGCUGGCCUUCUCGGUCACCCUCUUCACCAUCUUCGCGUUCAUCAACGUGGGAGUGCUGCUGUACAGGCGCAGGCCCGAGAUCGGGGGGGAGCUGGGGGGCCCCCGGACUGCCAAGCUGCUCACGUCCAGCCUCUUCGUGCUGCUCUGGCUCUUGUACAUCUUCUUCUCCUCCCUGGAGGCUUACUGCCACAUAAAAGGCUUCUGAGGAACCCACGGCUCCAGGACACCUCCCUCCCUCUCCCUGUCCCCACACGUCUCCACCCCUGAACAGGACUCGAAGCCAACACAAGGACUCCGACGGAUGUCAUGUCCUCUGUCCCUGUCCACGGAGCCAGCAUCGGGUCCAGCACACCAUCGGGGCCGCCCCAGGGGACACGGGGACCUAGGGGGACGCAAGGACUGGCGGGACUUCCUGCAGUCCUGCCUUCGUGAGCAAGUCCGGCCCUAAGACAGACCACCAAGCGUUAAGUCUCUGUUUCUCUGGCUUUGAUUUAUUUUGGGGGGCAUGUGGGGGGGGCAUGGGAGAGGGGUGGCCCAGAGGCGGUGGCUGGCUGGCUCUGUCAUGCUUUCAUUUGCUUUUGUUUGAUUGGGGUGACAAGUUCCGUGAGAUGCUGGGGUGAUGCUGAAAUGGACCUGAUUCGGUUCUGCUCACACACUCUGGGAGAAGGGAGCCUGGGGGCGUGGCAUGAGUGACAUCUCUGCCCUGGUGUCCAGGUUGCCCCCCCACUGCACUGGGUCACCCAAGCUGGGAGCGAUGUUUUAGUCUCCCCUGUUGGUCCCCAGACACGCAGCGCCCGAUGCUGAUUCAGCUGCAGCCGGCACGUGCCUCGAACCCAGACUCACAGGGCGGCUCCUUCUCUUCGGUCCCCGUCGCUCUGGACUGAGGGGAGGUCAGACCCACGCUCGAGCCUCCCCGGGCACCCUGUCCUGCGGACAGGCGGCCUCACCUCCUUCCCACGCUUGCUUCCCGGCCCCCCAGAGAACUUCUCCAGUCACCUGAUCAGCAGAGACCCGGGCUCUGCCCCCACCUGCCCUGGCAGGGCCCACCCCAACCUUUGCCCCUUUUCGCACACGGGUCUAGAAAUGUCUCCACCUUGUCAUCUGCUGUCCCUGGGCACCAGACACUGCCUGGACAUCGAGUUUGGGUAUGAUUCUCACAGGGAGACGCAAGUUCUCAACCCGUGUCAGCCACAGGGACUGCAACUAUCCUAACAAUAGAGAACAGAGCCCCAAGCCCAAGAGUUUUGGAUCCCCUGAAGAGCUGCACGUGGGGCUGCGCCCAGGGUCUCUGCCCUGUACCUGUGGGCUUGGGCUCGGGGCAUGAGAGCAUGAGGGGUGCUGUGAAAAGGGCCCUGCAGAGAAGGGAGAAGUCUGCCACUCUGCCCCGCCCCACCCAACCCCACCCCACCCUACCCGGCCCCUGCAUAUUUAUUUUACAUCUGCUCUGGCUGGUACAGAUGGUAGGUCACUCCUUCCUUCCUUUCUCCCUUCCCUCCCUGCUUGGAUUUUCAUAGAAAAGCUAUUUUGAGCCCCAUUUCUUUCUCUGCUCUCUCUCACACACACACACCCCACCCUCUGAUGCCUGUGUUCCUGAGCAGAAGAGAGCCUCAGGCCAUGGAUGGGGAAGUCAGUGGGCAAUGGGGGAGCAGCAGGCUAGGCAGGGCUGUAUCCGACCACUUUCUGUGGCACAGCCCCCAAAAACACAGGGUCUCCCGGCUCUGCAGCAUGGGAGGGAAAACGGGAGGCCGGGCCAGCACCCAGCGACAGCACCAUCUUUAAGGAACCCCCAGGCCACAAGUCACUCUGUGCACAACUCUAGAAUCCUGGGUCCAAGGUUAUGUGUGUAUAGUAGGGGUGGGGGUUCUCCCACUACCCCCAAAAUAAGUUGCCACUUGCAACUCUUGUGACUGGCUAAGGGUGUCAGACUGACUCUGGGCUCCCUCCUGGACACUCAGCAACUGAUCACCCCCCCCCCGUGGGUGUCAGUGUCACUGUGGGUGCCCCGUGAACAGAGCCACAGCAAAUACGUUUAGCUCAGGAGGGAAAAGCUUGAGCCUGCCACCAGCCCUUGUCUUUUCGAUCCACAAUUUGGGCCAUCAAGAGAAUGUUUCUGCUGGUCCCAUGGACUCCCGUCGGCUAACAGCAAUGCCCACCCCCCUCCACUUUUCAAACAAGACCGUCAUAUCGGAGAGGGAGACCCCUGGGAAGGCGCCCCUGAGUGCCCUCGUCAUAGCUGGAAUCAGAACUUUACUCUGCUUCCUCCCUGUGGCUUAACUCCCGGAGAUUCUCCUACCCCAGGACCUGACGUGCAUGGGGGUUCGCUCUAUCCCAUCUCCAUUGUUUCCGUUGAAGAUUCACUAGAGGGGGAGAUAGCUUGGCCCCCUGGCAUUGAUGCAGUUGAGGGGUGUGAGUUCUUGCAACAUGAGGACAAUUUUGCACACAAUUCUUUAGCCAUAUCGGGGUGUGGAUAAUAUAAUCUAGGAGUGCAUUUCCAUGAAAGACUUGAGGAAUUCAGGCCAUGGGUCCACUUCAGAGUUUUGGGGAUUCUGUGUUUGCCUUUUUAGAUGUUCAUAUUGUAGAGAGAAAAAAAUCCCUCCUGGUUGUGCAGGUUGGUGCCUGUUAAUUGUAUAAAGUCAUUUUCCUUGGGGACACUUGUCUUUCGCGUGGUAGUGCACAGGGUAGGACUUGUGGCUUCUCCAAGUGGUUCACGUCACUGACACAGACAAAUAAAAUUUCGAAUUAUUUCUGACUCCGUCACCAGUGAGGCAGAGUCUAUGCCGCGUGUCUUCUCUCUUCUCAUUGUCAUCUGCAUCGUUGGUUAUUUUUUUCCUCAUGAGUGUUGAAGAAAUAAAGACCAAAAAGGUU